AUGACUGAAGCCCAAGAGUUGGGUAGAAUGAAAAGAGUCCAAAAUGGCCACAGAACAUCAACAAAACGAACAAUCUCUGCAGCGAAUGAUCUCUUGACAAUUAGUGUUGAUGAAAAAUCUAAACUAGCUCCUCAUGUUGUGAAGCUUACACUUUAUAAGAAAACACUCGAAGAUAAAAUAGUUGUUUUUCAACAACAAGACAAUGCUAUUCUGGAACUAGUAGGGGAUGAUGAUGUAGAACUUGAAAUUGAACAAGCAGCUAUUCUAAGGGAAAAUAUGCAAUCCACAAUUCUUGAAAUUGAAAAUACUUUAACUAAAAUUACACAGUCGAAUGAAUCUGCUAACAUUGUUAUUGAAAAUAGUCCUACCCCAUCAACAGCACAAAGUAACUCUAUCCCACCAACACCACAAAACAACCAGACUGAAACAGUAUUGGUCAUGGCGGGUUUCGAGGAAAUGCAAGGCCCUGGCUCCCCUAGUCAGAGUGGUAUUACACAACUCGGUCUAGCCAUCAAAUGA